AUGCUGAUGAUGAGGGUGGUGGUCAGCUGCCUGGUCCUAUGUCUGCUGACUGCUCACCCACUGACCGCAGAUGACAGACCAGUGACUGGCGAACAUCUUAACCAGUUUAUCAUACAGGUAGAUAGGAAGGAUCUAGAGGCUGUGGCCAGGGACCAUGGCUUCCUACUGGAACAGGAGCAUAAGCUGGAUGAAAUCGGAUUGUAUUCUCUAAAACAUCCAGCAGUUGAAAUUCGAUCCAAGCGCAGUGCUGAUCUUCACCUUGCCAAACUAAAGGCUGAUCCACGGGUGAGAGAAGUUUCACAGCUCCAAGUGUUGGAACGUGUAAAAAGGGAGAUUGUUUAUGACAAACAGCUGGAGUUUCCAGUAAGGAAUAUUGAUCCUUCUGAGUUUUAUCGUGUCCAACCUAAACACUUUUCUCCACGAGGAAUGCCUGAUCCCAACUGCCAUGAUGACUACAACAUGGAAUUUAAUGACAAAUACUACAGUGACUCCUGGUUUAUUUCCAAUGAGGGACAGACUGGAGGAAAAUGUGGAAUAGACCUUCGUGUGAACAAAGCCUGGCGAGGAGAAUUUACUGGUCAAGGUAUCCGGGUAGUUGUCCUGGAUGAUGGUCUUGACCACAAACAUCCUGAUCUACGUGAUAAUUACGAUCCCACAAUCAGUGCAGAUUUCAAUGACAAUGAUUAUGAUCCCAAACCUGACCUGAGUAACCCAGACAACAGCCAUGGUACACGGUGUGCAGGAGAAAUUGCUGGAGCUGCCAAUAAUGGUGUCUGCUCUGUAGGAAUAGCCUAUAACAGUAGAAUUGGUGGUGUCCGUAUUCUGGAUGGCAUUGUCACUGAUGCCCUAGAAGCCCAGGCAAUUAUCCACAUGAUUUCAAAAGUUGAUAUAUACAGUGCUUCCUGGGGCCCGCGUGAUGAUGGGAUGACAAUGGAAGGUCCUAGUCUAGCCUCCAAGGCAGCACUUGCUUUGGGAGUAAAAAAGGGUCGUAAUGGCAAGGGUUCCCUGUAUGUGUGGGCCACAGGCAAUGGUGGCAUCAAUGAUGACUGCUGUGGAGCUGACGGCUAUGUCGGCGCCAGGGAAACCAUCUCUAUUGGCAGUAUCAAUGACAAUGGAAUGCGACCAUGUUUUAUGGAAAUCUGCAGCUCCACCAUGGCAACAGUUCCCAGUGGUGGGGAACCAUGUGACACAUUCGGCAAAGAGAAUAAACCUCGAAUACGUGUGGUAACUACGGAUGUUAAUGGAGGAUGCACUCUGAGCUUUGAGGGAACAUCCAGUGCUGCUCCUAUGGCUGCUGGAGUAUUUGCUGUGGUUCUUGAUGCCAACCCUGAUCUUGGAUGGAGGGACAUCCUCCACAUCAUUGCUGUCACAGCCCGCAUCCCAGUUCCAGAAGAGACAGGCUGGCAUGUCAAUGACUGUGGUUACCAUACCAACCAUGAACUUGGAUUUGGAGUCCUGGAUGUUGCGACCAUGGUAGCAGUGGCCCAGACGUGGGGAAAUGUACCCAAAGAGAGAGUGUGUCACAGCCCCCGUAUCGCUGUCAACAGGGUGAUAAACAGUAACCUUUGUGUUGAGAUGAAAGUCCCAACUUCUCACUGUCAGAGUGAUCCAAACCGCCGAAUCAAUUUCUUGGAACAUGUCAUGCUGUACGUACAUCUUGACCACAGCCGUCGUGGUGACAUUGAAAUCAGAGUGAGUUCUCCAGCGGGAACUGUGUCACAGAUGAUGUAUCGAAGACCUAAGGACAACAGUAAACAGGGCAUGGAUUUCACGUUCAUGUCCGUCCACUUCUGGGGUGAGGGUGCCUCCGGGGAAUGGACUGUCACUGUGUGUGAUAAUGAUGAUGGAUCUAACCGUAAUAAUCAGGGCUUUAUACACAGUAUGAAUAUGACUUUGUAUGGAAUGUAUAUGGAAAAGAAGCCACGCAACGCUCACCGUCCAUAUGACCCACAGUACAAGGAACAGCUAGCGAUCAUACGAGAAGAAAAGACACUUUAUGAAGAGGAAACCAUUGUAAAACGUAGCGAUAUACUACGCAACAAGAAACAUCGUAACCUCAACAAAAUGGUAAACGAGAAUGACAUAUCAGCAGAUGACUUAUCGACACUGAUCUCAGAAAUAGAAACAGAGCUGAGGGAACAGAAUUCAUAUCAUUUUAGAAGUACAGACAAGGUUCAAGGUCAAGGUCAAGCAAGCCGACAAAAGCAUGGCUACAAAAAUGAGCACAUCAAUGUUUUAAAGAGACAUUUUGGUGACCAUGUUCAGGAUAAAGAAGAAAAUGAAAUAGCAGAAAUUUUAGAUGAAGUAGAACGCGUUUUUGAAGCUAAGGAUCAAGGGAAGCGUCAGGCAAAUGUUGAGAGACAUUUGUUCAGUAAACGCUGGUCAAAGAAGCCAGCUGUUAAGUUUGAAGACAUGCUGGAAGAUCUCUACAGAGAAAAGGUCCAUUACUGAGUAUGCUUCCUCAACAAAUAGCAAGUGUGAAUGUUUCAUCAUUUUAAUUGUGAAAGUCAACACUGAUGUAAUUCAUCUUUAUUGUAAAGUUCAAUACACUGAAGUACACACUGAUUUUUUAAGAAGUGAAAAAAUGUUUACUGGAAAAACUCUAAAGCUGAACUUGCUAUUUGUUGUGAGAAUGCUGUGUGUUAUCCUCUGUGACCGACUAGCUGUCUCUGUGGAGUUACUUCAGAAGAAACUGCAAGACAUUUCUGUCUGAUCUAUUUUUUUUUUUUUUGAUAAUUUUGGUACAAGGGUUGUCAUUGUUGAAAUUUUGUCAUCUUUUUGAUAUUCCUUCUUAUUAUAGGAAAAUGAUAAAGGUUCUACUCUAAAAAAUUCUAUCUGUGCUGUAGACCUGUCCUUAAAUAUACCCUUUAACCAUUUCCUAUCUUUUAUACCAUUACUACCACAUUGUAAAUGUUCACUCAGAUUAACAAACUCUCCUGUGAUAAUGAUUGUAAAAUUAGGAUCUGUUUACUCUGAUUACAAGCACUCUUGUGACAUGGACCUAGGUAAGGCAGCUUCUGUUCAGAAGCUCAUUGUACAAGCACUCACUGUAAGUGGAAACAUUUCAAUGAAUGCCACAGUAACAUUGUUGUAGAGAACUGAAUAAAUGCAAAUUUGACUUGAUGGUAGCAAUCAUUAGAUAGUUUUCUUCCAUCUAAAUUCCCAGACACCAUACUGGAAAGGAGUACACUGCAUCCAAGGAAUGAAUAUGAAAGUCAGCCAUCAAGAUAACAAGAUCAAUAGCCAUGACCUGUCAUAUUUUCAAAGCCAAGCCGAGAGAAGAUAAACUAUGGCAAGUGAUUCAUUCUAGUUAGGCAGGGUCUGUUUACUGAAUACUCACUUGAGACAUAGACAGUAUUGACCAACUCUCUUGUGACAAUGGCUGUUUUUACAAGCUCUCUUGUGACAAUGGCCGUUUUUAAAAGCUCUGUUGUGACAAUGACCGUUUUUACAAGCUGUCUUGUGGAAAUGGCUGUAUUAACAAAAUCUCUUGUGACUGACUGAAUUUACAAGCUCUUUUGGAAAUGGCUGUAUUUACAAGCUCUCUUGUGACAAUGGCUGUAUUUACAAGCUCUCUUGUGACAAUGGCUGUUAUUUACAAGCUGUCUUGUGACUGUCUGAAUUUACAAGCUC